AUGGCAAAUGAGGAAUGGUUGGACUAUUACCCGAACAAUUCUUUAAGACAUCUUGAUUAUUAUCACUCAGAUCAUAGAGUCCUAUAUCUUUCUCUUCAAAAAGUGGAUUUGAUCACACCCAACAAGAGGAAAAGGUCAAGGUUCAGGUUUGAGAACAUGUGGAUUAGAGAACCGGAAUGUAAAGAGAUUAUUAAAUCAAACUGGGAGACAAUGAAUCAACAAUCCCUGAUGUCUACUAUAAAUAACAUUGAGCAAUGCUCCAAGCAGCUGAUACUUUGGAAUCAGGCCAAGUUUGGAUCUCUGGCAAAAGAGAUUAAGAAUACACAUCGUCAACUUGCACAAUUGCAUGAUGGUCGACAAAGAUUAGACACAACCGAGGAACUAAAAGCAACGGAGAUGAAGUUAAAUGAAUUAUUGCUCAAAGAAGAGAUUUAUUGGAAACAAAGAUCAAGGAUCUUAUGGCUAAAAGAAGGGGACCAGAACACAAAAUUUUUCCACCAGAGAGCUAAUGUAAGGAACAAAACAAAUCUCAUAAAAGGCUUGUUUAAUGAAGAAAAUGAAUGGUGCUCAGAUGAGAUGGAAUUUAGUGCAAUAAUCCAAAGAUUCUAUGAGAAUCUUUUUACCUCAUCGUUACCAUCGGCUGAUAAAAUUGAUGAGUUGCUGACAGCUGUACAACCAUAA